AGUGGAAAAUAUAAAAUAUCGCGAAUCGGGGGAUACCCCGUACCGGGUACCCGGUGCUUGAAAAUCUAACUAACGAACUUACCACUACCCGCGCGUAUGAUAUAAUUUUUUUUUAUUAAUUAAAUAAAAAGAAGAAAAUACAGCAGCAGGCAGGGCACUGGGCACCCAAAUACCCGAUCCAACAACCGAGCCAAGGAGGACGACCACGGCGGCGACAAGGAUAUCAUCCCUCUUAAUUAUCAAACGAAACGAAGAACAUCAUCAGUGUGACGAAUUUGAAAUAGACUAGUUUAUGAUGAACGGGACUCACAGUGUGGGCGAAUGUUCUAGCUCAACUUCCUUGAGCAGCCAACAGGAUGUUGAGGAUGACCGCAUGAUUGCUGUUGUACUAUCAGAAGAGUAUGCUAAGUUAGAUGGUGCAGUUGCUAGACGCCUUUCCAACCUGGCAUCUGUUCCUCAUGUUCCACGGAUAAAUUCCUACAUCCCCAACAUAAGUGAUGCUGGUUUGGAUCACCAACGCCUUCUCCAGAGGUUACAUGUCUAUGGUUUAUACGAAGUAAAGGUUUCUGGUGAUGGGAAUUGUCAGUUUCGUGCACUUUCAGAACAGAUGUACAAGUCUCCAGAGUAUCACAAACAUGUUCGGAAAGAGAUUGUGAAGCAGCUCAAAGACUAUCGUUCAUUGUAUGAAGGCUAUGUCCCUAUGAAGUACAAGCGCUAUCACAAGAAAAUGGCAAAAUCCGGUGAAUGGGGAGAUCAUGUUACUUUACAAGCAGCAGCUGACAAGUUUGCAGCAAAGAUUUGCCUUUUGACAUCAUUCAGAGAUACUUGCUUUAUUGAAAUUAUGCCCCAGUACCAGCCACCAAAACGUGAGUUGUGGCUGAGUUUUUGGUCGGAGGUUCAUUACAAUUCAUUAUAUGAAGUCCGAGACAUGCCAAUUCAACAGAAGCCAAGGAGGAAACACUGGUUGUUCUAGGCUUCUAGCGCACGGGAUGUUCAAAGAUUUUAGUACUGUGCAUAUGUUCUCUAGAUGUUGCCUUUUUCAUUGUUUUUCGAUUUUACAAUUUAAUUCAGUUGCGCAGUUACAUGCUUAUAUAUUAUUAUAUAUACAACACCAGAGUUUUGACGAUUACUGCUGUGCUGUCUGAUGGUUUGUACUUGUAGUGUUUCAAGAUUUUAUUAUUUGAAUUGCUCACAUUCGUAUUUAUGGAUUAUCGAUGUGAAAUUACUAAGAUGAAUUUAUUAUAUAUUUUGUCGCCAA